AUGAAUAGAUCUGAAAAUUUUUCGAUAUGUUAUGAUGGUGCUUCAAGAGGUAAUCCAAGAGAUGCAGGGUAUGGAUAUAUAUGCAGGAAUUGGGAUGAAGAGUAUAUGUAUGCAAUGUCUGGUGGUUUAGGGAUAGCCACUAACUAUAUGGCAGAAAUUGUUGCAGUUUUAUGUGCAGGAGAGUGGGCAGUUUCUAAUAACUUCAUUAAAGUUUGGUUUCAAACUGAUUCCCAAUCUGUAAUGAAAGCAUUUCAAACAGAUUCAGUUCCAUGGUGGAGCAUAACAAGAUGGAACAAGAUUAAAAGUUCUCUUCAAGACUGGCAUUUUUCUCAUGGUUAUACGGAGAUAAACUUCUCAGCAGACUCCAUGGCAAAGAGGGGAGUCAAUCUGACAAAGGGAGAAAAAAGAAGCUACACUUCAAGACCUGAAUUUUUAAGCUCACUGGAAAUCCCAGACAAAGCUUACUUCAGAACUUGUUAA